AUGGGCCAGUUCAGAGCUGCACUAGAGUCCCUUGGCGCCAUCGUGAAAGAAUUGGGAUUCACUCUCGUGACCAGCUAUGAAAUUCCUGGCGUGCCUGGUUGGAAUACCUCGUAUCCACUUCCGGGCUCGAUCAAUGGCACCAUCCUGUUUUCAACAUUCGACACAUGGCCAUGUAGCCACGACAACCUGAUCAGGAUGAUCAACGAUUCAAUUGUAUCUGGCAUCACGCGAUUGAGCAAAGAUGACCCCACUCUUAGACCCCCGAAAUUACCCAAUACUCUACCAGACCGCUAUGGCAAUUCACUUGAUGAAACACCAUCUACAUACUCGGGCUUGUUUGACCUCAUUGCAACCCGCAAUGGCACAUCCAUCUACAAUAUACCCGGCUUAGAACCAACCUCAAGCAAUGCUUAG